AUGAUUGCUCGACUUAUCAUAUUACCAGCAAUUUUUACUUUCUCAUCUAUCAUUUUAUGGAUUCUUAUUUGCUCUGCACCUACUCAUCCCAAUUCCACGUCUUCUGUUAUCAUAAAUUGGAAGCCACCAUGGAAUUUGCCAAAUAAUUUAGCAAACUUCACUGCUACAGCUAAAUUAUUCUAUGCUUACAAAGAUCAACAUUUCAGCUAUAUUAUUACAUUGUUUAUUUUUGCCUACAUUUAUAAACAAACAUUUGCCAUUCCAGGAUCAUUCAUUUUAAAUUUAAUAGCUGGCGUAUUAUUUGAUGUUUGGUUUGGCUUUUUAUUGGUAUGCAUUUUGACAACAAUUGGCUCAACAUUAUGCUAUCUUUUUUCAGAAACUUUUGCUAGUGAAUAUGUCUGUUAUUAUUUAGGCCAUCAUAUUAUUUAUUUACAACAAAAGGUAAACAAUAAUUCGCAUCGCUUAUUGGCAUUCUUAUUAUUUGCCCGUAUGUUUCCAAUUUCACCAAGUUGGCUACUCAAUAUUAUUGCACCAUUUCUUAAUAUUCCCAUUUUCAUUUUUGCAUUGACUACUUUUAUUGGAUUAGCACCAUAUAAUUAUAUUUGUGUACAAGCUGGCCAUAUUUUAUCGGAAUUUCAUAGUUGGUCGGAUAUUUUCAACAUUUCUACGCUGUCUAAACUUUCAUUACUUUCAUUACUACCCCUUAUUUAUGCUUUUUAUAUUAAGCCAAGGAAUCAGGUUGCAGUAGCUGAAAAAGAACAAAUCAAAAAAGUGUUAAUUAUUUAA